AUGCCUGAAUGCUGGGAUGGGGAACAUGAUGUUGAGACCCCUUAUGGGAUGCUCCAUGUUGUUAUUCGUGGGGCACCCAAAGGGAACAAGCCCGCUAUCCUCACCUAUCACGAUGUGGGACUGAACCACAAGCUGUGCUUCAACUCUUUCUUCAAUAAUGAGGAUAUGCAGGAGAUCACCAAGCACUUUGUGGUUUGCCACGUCGAUGCUCCGGGACAGCAGAUUGGAGCGUCACAGUUGCCACAAGGGUACCAGUAUCCUACGAUGGACCAGUUGGCGAGCAUGUUGUCAACUGUGGUGCAGCAUUUUGGAUUCAAGAGUAUCGUUGGUAUUGGAGUUGGAGCUGGAUCAUACAUCCUGGCUAAGUUUGCUCUGAUAUUCCCUGACCUUGUGGAGGGUUUGGUUCUGCUAAACAUUGACCCCAAUGGCAAAGGAUGGAUUGACUGGGCUGCUACAAAGCUGUCAGGACUGACAAGCGCACUACCAGAUACUGUACUGCCACAUCUUUUCAGUCAGGAGGAGCUAAUGAACAACACAGAGCUGGUGCAGAGCUAUCGGCAACAGAUUAACAACACCAUCAACCAGUUCAACUUGCAGCUGUUCUGGAACAUGUAUAACAGUCGAAGGGACUUGGAGAUGAACCGGAGUGGGACUACGCUGAAUGCCAAAACUCUGAAGUGUCCAGUUAUGUUGGUUGUGGGAGACAAUGCCCCUGCUGAGGAAGGCGUGGUUGAGUGCAACUCGAAGCUUGACCCGACCAACACCACUUUCCUAAAGAUGGCAGACUCUGGUGGACUACCCCAGCUAACACAGCCUGGAAAGCUCACUGAAGCAUUCAAGUACUUCCUUCAAGGAAUGGGCUACAUUGCUUAUGUGAAGGAUCGGAGGUUGAGUGGAGGGCCAGUGCCCUCUGCUAGUAUGACUCGCCUGGCUCGCUCCAGGACUGCCUCCCUGACAAGCGCCAGCUCCAUGGACGGGUCACGCUCUCGUACCUGCACCCACUCUGACAGCACCGAAGGAGUUGGUGCAGUCACUCACACUAUGGAAGUUUCUUGUUGA